AUGAAGCGCAAGCUGUCGGAUUCCGGCCUGGAAAAUGAGCAUCCGGCCGUCUCAACCCCGAAGAGACCACGGACGGCUCUCCAGCAGGCGAAUGGCGCCCUUAACGGCCAACACCCUCCUCCGAACGACGAUGACACCUACGAACUGCCUCCUGUGCCGAAUGGCCAAUCGACACCCAAGAAGACAAAUGGUGUCGCCGCAACUCCGCUCAGGGAAUCGGGAUUGAGGACGCCGUCACAGAAGUCGAAAGCCCGGUCACUUUUUGCUACGCCCACGAAGCCCAAAUCCACGACAGCUGCGACUCCGUCCCGCAUCAAGAAUGCAGAUCGAUCGGCGAAGAAGAAAAGUGCGCGCGUUUUAUUCGAACAGGAUGAAGAUGGCGAGUGGGAUGGAUCGGAACAACUGGCGGCGGAGAUUCUCCAAGAUGAUGAGCCGCAAGUCGACAAGGCCGGCGACACAGUCAUGGAGACGGUUGAGGCCGAUGGCGCGGAGAAGCCAGCAGGGACAGAAGCGAAAGCCCCCAAGCGCCGAGCGGGUCGACCGAAAGGAGCAAGGAAUAAGCGAUCUCCGACCCCAGAAGGCGAGCUGCCGGCGCAUGAGCGCUAUUUCUUCCAGAACCGUGCUGGAACGACCAAGACAUCCAACACAACCUUGAACAAGGUCCCGCUGUUGACACAUGAGGAGUAUUUCGAGAAAUUGGGUCAAUUUGUCGAUCCUUGCAAGGACGAGAAGGAAUAUUUGCUGUCGUUGCACCACCGAUCAUUCCCGCAGUGGUACUUUGAGCUGGAGCAAGGGUUCAAUAUCUGUCUAUUUGGUUACGGAUCGAAGCGCAGACUGGUCCAGCAGUUUGCCGACUGGCUGUAUCAUCGAUCCGCACCAGGGAGCCCGCCAUCUAUAAUUAUCGUAAAUGGUUAUACACCCGGUAUCUCCAUUCGAUCGAUUUUCGCUACCAUCGCCUCUGCGAUUUUGGGCGAUGAACUACCCUCCAAGCUGGGUGCGCAGCCGACGGAGGUGCUCGAACUUUUACAAUCAGCGUUAAAGGCUCGACCGAACCUCGCGCCCAUCACAGUCCUUAUCAACUCUGUCGAUGCGCCGCCUCUCCGACGUGCUGCCAACCAAGCCCUUCUCAGUCGUCUCGCUGCUACACCGCGUAUCCGACUUCUUCUUACGGCUGAUACCCCCAAUUUCCCCGUCAUGUGGGACAUCAGUGUACGGGACCAUCUGAACCUGGUGUUCCAUGACAGUACUACCUUUUUCCCCUUUGCCGUCGAGGCAGACGUUGUGGAAGAAGUCCACGAACUACUUGGUCGGAAGGGCCGUCGCAUUGGUGGCAAAGAGGGUGUGGGCUUCGUUCUGAAGAGUCUUCCAGAGAAUGCUCGCAACCUCUACCGACUCCUGCUGACAGAAGUGAUUACUGUGAUGGACGACGGCCACCAGUCCGACGACGAGGGAACCGGCGACGGUUCUGGCGGUAAGGCGGGCGAAGAGAAUGGCAUUGAGUUCCGCCUGCUGUACCAAAAGGCAACGGAGGAGUUCAUUGCAUCUUCCGAGAUGAUGUUCCGCACCUUGCUGAAGGAAUUCCACGACCAUCAAAUGAUCACUUCGCGAAUGGAUCCCAGCGGUAUGGAAAUCCUCGGCGUACCACUGUCUCGCGACGAAAUGGAAGGUGUGCUGGAGGACCUGGUGCUGGGAUAA